AUAACGACAAAGGCAGUAUUGUUCAUUUCUUUGAUCACAUUUCACCAUCGAAUCACACAUCAACAUGACUAUGUCAACCAUCCCCACCAGUUUUGCUGAGAGUGCAGUGCAGUCCUCAUCUUCUGAGCUCUUAGAUGAGCUCACCACUGCCCUCGCUGCAGGAAGGUGGUGGGCAAUAAUGGAGGUCUCCUCUCCUUUAUCUGAGGAGCCUGAAUAUGGGGACCUCACCUCACUCAGGUCCCUGUACUCAAGCUUCUCAGAUGCAACACUGAGUGCACCCAUACCUCCCAGGUCCCAAAAGGGAGCACCUGUGCCUGCCUAUGCUGAGAAGAGGGACCACACCUCGUCCCUGGUCUUCAGCAAUGCAUUGGAGAAGGCUGAGUCUCUGCACUCAGGCUUCUCAGAUGCAAAGCUGAAGACCACGGAGCAACAGAGGAAGUGGAGGCAGAAGAAGCCUCAGGGACCACCUUUGCUUGCUGGGUCCGAGAAGGCUGAGUGUGGGAACUUACUGAAGACCACUAAGCAGGUGAGGCAAGAGUGGAGGCAGAAGAAGCCUCAGGGACCACCUGUGCUUGCUGGGUCCGAGAAGGCUGAGUGUGGGAACUCACUGAAGACCACUAAGCAGGUGAGGCAAGAGUGGAGACAGAAGAAGCCUCAGGGACCACCUUUGCUUGCUGGGUCUGAGAAGGCUGAGUGUGGGAACUCACUGAAGACCACUAAGCAGGUGAGGCAAGAGUGGAGACAGAAGAAGCCUCAGGGAGCACCUGUUCCUGGUGGCUCCCCCCAGGGACAUCCUGUGCCCACUGUGUCCCAACAACGUGGAAAACUCAGGAUCCCUGAGCAUCUGAGGCAGCACCUGCUACAGGCCGCUAAUGAACUGGGAGCACCUGUGCCUGCAAGGUCCCCACAGGGAGCACCAGUGCCUUCAAAGUCUCUACAAAGGGAACCUGUGCCUGUCUCAAAGGUGCAAAAAUUAAAGAUCCCUGAGCCACUAAGGCAGAAGCUGCAGCAGCAGAAGCCUCAAGCCUCUUCUGACAAGGGAGCACCUGUACUCAACAAGACCCCAGAGAGGCAGAGGCUAAAAAUCCUUGAGCCACUGAGGCAAGAGCUGCUGCAGCUGUCGCACCGAGCCUCAUCUGUGAAGGGAGAACUUAUGCCUCAAAAGACCCAGGAGAGGCAGAGGCUAAAAAUCUCUGAGCCGCUGAGGCAGGAGCUGCUGCAGGUGUCACCCAGAGCCUCUUCUGAGAAAGGAGCACCCGUACCCAACAAGACCCCAGAGAGGCAGAGGCUGAAAAUCCCUGAGCCGCUGAGGCAGGAGCUGCUGCAGCUGUCGCACCGAGCCUCAUCUAUGAAGGGAGAACUUGUGCCCCAAAAGAGCCAGGAGAAGCAGAGGCUCAAGAUACCUGAGCAGCUGAGGCAGGAGCUGCUGCAGUUGUCAGUCAGAGCCUCUUCUGAGAAGGGAGCACCCGUGCCCAUAAAGACUGCAGAGAGGCAAAGGCUUAAAAUACCAGAGCCGCUGAGGAAGGAACUGCUCCAGCAGAAACCUCAAGCCUCUCCUGCAGAUGGUAAACCCCUGUCUUCCAAGUCCCCACAGGAAGCACCUUUACCUGACAGGAACCCUGUACAUACCGGGACCUCACAGGGAGCAGGAGUGCUUGCCAGUUCUCCACUGCCCACUGGGUGUCUGAAGGAAGCAGCAGUGCCCACCAGAACCACAAAGGCAGGAAAACGGAGGCUUGCUGAGCAUCUGAGCAUGCCUGUCUCUUCCACCCAGGGAUUACAUAUGCCCUCCAGGACCUCAAAAGUGGCGCCUGUGUAUUCUGGGACCUUACAGGGAGCACUUGUGAACAGAAGCUCCCCACGACAGGGAGCAAACCCUAGAAUCACAGAGCAGCAGAAUCAGAAGCGGAGGGAGCAGUGGAGACAGCAGCAGAGACAGCGGAGGCAGCAGAAGGCAUCAGACAACAUAGAUGCGUGUGAGCCUCCGCAAAAAAUACUCUGUGUGGAAAUCGACAAGGUGCCACUGAAGCCUAAACUGGGGAGGCAGAACCAUCAAGCCCCACAGCCCAUGUCCCAGCUCACCCUGAAGAUGGACAAUGUAAGUGUGAGCUGGUCACCUCCAGAAAAAAGGGAGCGCAUGGCGAGCAAAAUCAGAGACCAACAACUGGGGCCAGGCAGCUUUAAGCAUUUAUGUAGUAUAUUCAUAUGUUUAAUGGAAUAUAUUUAAAUAUUUAGUAUUUAUGUGUAUUGUGUUUGGAUUGAUUUAAUAUGAUUGUGCGUAUAAUAAAAAAUAAAAUCUAAACUUUGCAAUU